UAAUAAUUAUAGCUGGUAAAUUAUUUCAAUUAUAUUUGAUCAUAAUAUAACUGAAUACUGGAUAAUAUUGGAAAUUAGAAUAGAUAGUCUGAUGGUAUACGAUUCUAUCUAUUACGAAUUUAACUAAUUUAAGUUCAAUUUAUUCGUUGCUUAUAAUUUUCAAUUCUGCAUUAGUCCAAUUUUUUGUUAUUCUUAACUAUCAAUUAAAUUUUACAUCUAAUACAAAUUUAAAUUAUCGUAUUAAAAACUUCUGCAAUUAAAAUAAUAAUAACACUACAAGCAAAUGGACUUCAUCAUUGUUAUGCUCUAAUUUCACCGUGUACAUUAUUUAAUAGACUUGUGUAAAGUUUCAGAUCAGGUGAAGUGAACAUUUUCAUCAACCUCUAGGAAGAACUUUGAAUUAUUUGUCAGGGACAAACAGCCUACAGAUUUAAUAUUUUUAAAAUUAAUUUAUAUUUUACUCAAACCUACAAUAAGCUAUAACUUAAAAUAUAAGUUAUACGACUGAUGUAAAAAAUUAUAAUUAAAUAUUUAUUUUCUCCAUGUAACAAAAUAAUUUUGAUUACAUUAAAAUGUAUAAAAAUCUACCUCAGUCUUAAAACAUAUUACUAAUUACUUAUUACUGAUUUGGUACAGUUAGUACAAACAUUAAAUUGUAUUAUCUCCAUUACUUAUCCCAAUACUUACAAUUCUAUCAAUUUCAUUUCCAAAGCUCGUUCAUUUACUAAAUGAAAGCAUACUCUGCUGCACCCUUACGCACGCAAUUGUUACAUGCUUACUGCUUACAAUAAUUAUUUAACAUCUUUAUUAAAAUUAAAUCGGUAAAUAAGCAUUGCUCAAAAAUGGACAUCACGCAUAAUUUAGACGGUGGAGUUUUGAAAGAGGUACUAAUACAUGGCAAUGGAACGGAUAAGCCACAUAAAGGGUGUAAGGCUUAUGUUCAUUACACUGGUUCACUUUCUGAUGGUACUGUUUUCGACAAAACUAAUGAUGAACCAUUUCAGUUUACAAUAGGAAAAGAUAUGACUAUAAAAGGUUUUGACUUGGCUGUGUCUUCAAUGACUUGUGAUGAAAGAUCAACAUUUAAAUGCCAUCCAGAUUAUGGUUAUGGGAUAGAUGGUUUUGAACAAAUCAUCCCCCCUAACACGUGGCUUACAUUUGAAAUACACUUACUCAAAUGGACAUGGGAAGAUAUCAGUCGCCGGAAAGAUAAAAGUAUUACAAGACAAAUAUUAGAAUAUGGAGUGGACCAUGCUACACCUAGUAGUGUUUCGUUAGUUAAUAUUCAUUUAGAAAAAGAAAAAAAUGGUAGUGUUGUUGAAGAAAGAGAUAUAGAGUUUAGAUUAGGAGAAGGCAAAGACUUUGAUGUUUGUCCUGGUAUAGAGAUAGCAUUAACUAAAUUUAAGACAAAAGAGAAAUCAAGAUUGUUUAUUCAUGGAAAACAUACAUUUUUGGAAUAUGGAGAAGAUGAUUUCAAUGAAGUGUAUGUCAUCAAACUUAACUUUUUUGAAAAGUUCGAAGAAAGUUGGUCACUGACAACAGAAGAUCGUAUAAAACAAGCAAUAUUUUUCAAACAAAAAGGAACAGAUUACUUUAAAAUGAAUAAUUAUAAACUAGCACUUAAAUUCUAUAAGAAAGUGGUGGACUAUUUGAAAGUGGAUGUCUCAAGCAAUGAAAGUCAAAUGAAAGAAAUCAAAUUUCUUUCAGUUACAUCCUAUUUGAAUUCUGCUUUAUGUAAUUUAAAAUCACAUAGACAUACUCAAGCAAAAAAUGAUUGCGAGAAUGCAUUAAACCUUGAACCAACAAAUGUCAAAGCAAUGUUUAGAAAAGGGGAGGCUUUAGUUGGUUUACAUGAAUUAAUAGCUGCAAAAGAAAGUUUUGAAGCUGUUUUACAACAAGAACCAAACAAUAGUGCAGCUUUGACAAAAAUAACUGAAUGUGAUAAAAAACUUAAAUCACAAAAAAAAAUAGAAAAAUCUGUUUAUUCAAAUAUGUUUGAGAAAUUUGCUAAGAGAGAUACUGAAAAAGAAGAAGAAUUUCUAAGUCAACAACCUGAUGUUAUGAACACACUUGGAGAAUGGGGAGAUGAUGAACGGGAACGAGCUCCUACUGAAUUUGAGAAAGAAAAUCCUAAUAUAUUGAUGUUAAACACAACUGGCUAUUUCAAAAAUAUGUAAAAUAUUAACUCUAUGAUAAAAUGUUAGUUUUGAUUGUUAGGAUUUAAUAGAUAAAACACAGAAGAUAGAAAUAAGACAAUAUUGUAUAACUAAUGUAAUUGUUCAAAGUUACAAUUUUUAUGUUAGUUAAAUGUAUUUCAUAUUUUUGUUUGUUAGUUAAAUGAUUCAUAUUUCAUACUUUUUAUGAUUUUCAAAACAAUAAUAAUUUUACAGUAAAAAAAAUUCAUAGUAUAAUAUUUAAAAACAAUUUUUUCUUGGUAGCUUCACUUUGUAUUCGAAAGCAAUAUAUUUUGUUAGGCGUAUCAAUUAACUUGUUAAAUUGUUUUCAUUUUCAUUCAGUAACCAAUGCCAAAAGAAUUAGAAUACGGUGAAUGUUUAAUUCCAAACGAAUGUGCUUGGGACAAAUCGACUUGAACCUGAAAUAAUAAGAUAAUACUGUUGUAAAUAAUUGUACAUAAAUAUAAGUAUAUCCAAAUGUUUACUGUU